AUGUCUGCAAAACCUAAGAAACAAGCAUGCAAGUUGAAGAAAGUAAUCAAAAGCAGCUGCGGCUGCGGUGAAUCGACGGAAGCGGUGGAGCCAAAACCUAAGCCGCGGCCGCUGCUGCCGCCGUCGUCUCCGCCUCACCCUACUACGCUCAUGCCUUCUUCUUCUUCUUCCUCCGCCGCCAUGCAUGAUGGUGAUGAUGAUGAUCGGAAGGAGGAGGUUUUGUGCCGGCAGAUGGUGAGCCGGAGCCCGAAGAUCUCCGGCAGCAUCGCCGUGAUUAAGGAAUCCGACGAUCCUUGCGGCGACUUCCGGCAGUCGAUGCUUCAGAUGAUCCGGAAAAAGAGUAUCCACUCGCAGGAGGAUCUGCAAGAGCUUCUCAAGUGUUUUCUGUUGAUGAAUCCCCCUUCCCUCCACGACAUCAUCGUUCAAGCCUUCACCAACAUCUUUAACGACGCCAACGUAACCUCCUCCGCCGCCGGUAAGAAUUAA